AUGUGCUUUUUCAUUUCUAGGAUCAUUCGUUUCCAGGACACGGUUGCAGUUAGAUUGUCACCAUUUGCUUAUGCAUAGAAAUGUACAGCUACAGCAACUUUUAGCCCUGGCUAAACUAAGGCUGAACAAAAAGCUACUUGGACGAGGAAAGAUUCGAAGCACAUAGAUACAGUCCUCAUAUACGAUGGAGAAAAAAACAUCUAAAGAGACCUAGGAGGAGACGCCUCCUCAUUGAUGUAUCUAUUAAAAGAUGAAGUCCAAGUCCACCGUCCGUCUGUAUUAGUACGAGCGCAAUACUUAACAUAGAUUGAUGUGCUGUGAAUGUUUCCUAAAAGAAUCCUGAUAGUGCUGUGAAUGUUUCCUAUGGUGUAAUGCGUGACUAAGAAAUGAUCCUUGUUUGAACACUGAAUAGUUUUCUAAAUCCUAAAUCUACUUAGAUAAUCUAAAUACCAUCAUCAAUCUACUCGUGAAUCUAUUGAAUCUACUCUUGACUAUGAUGUUUUUGAACAUGAAAAUCUAAAUAAAUCUAAAUCCAAAUGGCGUAAGUAAGUAAUGCACGUUCGGACCCCGAGAAUGGAAGAAUUCGAAAACCCAAUUCCAGUAUGAAAUUCCUAGUAUGCCCCAUUCCAGAAAUAGAUAAAUCAUAAUAGAAAAUCUCGAUCUCCCCUUCAGAACUAGACAUAGGUCCCGUUUUAUAUCACCCUUUUACUAGGUAAACAAGAUAAAGAACCUCUAGAACAACCGGCGUGAAUUCGUCCGUCACACCUCCUUUUUUAGCACCCAGAUCAAUCUUGGCAUGCGAAUUCCCACACCCUCGCUCUCUAGGCAGUGUCCUAUCCUAUGUAUUUAGAUGAUCUUCAUCCGCUAGGUUGUUUCUAACUGACGUGUUCUAGUUCUGGCGUGUCAGUUCUGGCGUGCUGUCCUUUGCGAAAGAACUACCAUAUACAUAGCGGUAGACAUCUGACUAAUUCCUCCCCGAGAAGAGCGCGGCUAUCGGCUUGGCAGCAGCAUUCUAGUACAACCUUCGGUAGUUCGGCAAGGAAAGUAUGAUCUUGAUGCUGGUAUCGGUAAUUUGGCAAGGACAUCAUCUGCACCACCAUCAUCUGGAUAGUACUAUCGGUGUGUGCAACAAACAACGUCGAGGAUCCAAUGUUGUCGGUGCUCGUAUCGUCUCCACACUUUGGAUCUCCCCACACUUUGA